GUGCCUUUGAACUUACUACUGGCCUGAAAGAAAGCUAGCGUAAAUGAGUUCAGAAUUGCAGCCUAAGCUUCCUGUUCUAGAUUUCUCCAGUGAAAAUUUGAAGCCUGGUACAAGCUCUUGGGAGUCAGCAUGCAAGGAAGUUCGACUAGCACUUGAAGACUACGGCUGCUUUGUCCUAGUGUACAACAAAGUCCCCUCAGACCUUCGCAAUGGAGUCUUUGGGGCCCUGGAAGAGUUGUUUGAUCUCCCCACCGAAACCAAAAUGCGAAACAAAUAUGAAAAGCCCUUGAAUGGGUAUGUUGGACAAAUUCCUAAGCUUCCUCUCCAUGAAAGCAUGGGCAUUGACAACGCAACAACCCAAGAAGGAACUCAGAGUUUCACAAAUCUAAUGUGGCCUAAUGGAAACGAUAAUUUCUGUGCCCGUCUGCAUUCAUACGCAAAGCUAGCAGCGGAACUAGACGAUAUGGUGAGCAGAAUGAUACAUGAAAGCUAUGGUGUUGAGAAGUACUACGAUUCUCACAAAGGGUCGACCACUUACCUUCUUCGAGUGUUGAAGAAUAGAGUACCACAGGGGAAUGAGCCUAAUAUUGCUUUUGUCACUCAUACUGACAAGAGCUUCUCAACCAUACUCCACCAAAAUCAAGUUAACGGUUUGGAGGUGGAAACAAAGGACGGAAACUGGAUUAAUGUGGAGUUCUCACCUUCAUCCUUCGUAGUAAUUGCAGGCGACGCUCUAAUGGCAUGGAGCAAUGACAGAAUUCUUUCUCCUAGCCAUCGAGUAACCAUGAAUGGGAAGGAAACAAGGUACUCCCUCGGACUGUUUUCAUUCAGCAAUGGAAUUGUACAAGUACCUGAAGAGCUUGUUGAUGACGAACACCCCUUGCAGUAUAAGCCAUUUGAUCAUACUGGAUUACUGCAUUUCUUUCGCACAGAUGAGGGUUAUAAAUCCAAAUGCCCUAUCAAAGCCUAUUGUGGUGUCUGAAUCUAUCGUUUAUCUAAAGAAACCUUGUGCAACGUACGUUCUGUAUUAAAAAAUGUUUACUAUAGGAGUGUUCUAAUAUCAAUGCAAUAAAUAAAGGUUUGCAACUGCUUUCUUAUAUGCUGUGAGUGUGUUGUAUAUUUCUUACUAACUAGUAUGCUUGCGGAAUGAUCGAGUAAUGUUAGAAAGAAGACUCUUUGUACCUUUCUUGUUUCUUCAAAGGUGAUGUAAUUUUUAAA